UCCUUUUCCGGAAGACAGCUAAACGACGUUUGAUCAUACUUCGAGAGAUGACAUUCUUCGUUUGAUCUUUGGAGAAAACACUGGUCCUGUUCAAAAUGUUGCUGAUAUACAUAGCAUUGCUAAUCGUGGCUCAUUUGAAAGCUUCGAAAGGCAAAGUCAUACAAGUAAACCAAAAAGGCAAUGACACAAGAAACUGCGGGACAGCAAGCAACCCGUGCAAAUCUUUAAAGGCCGCCAUUUUAGAGGCACAGUGGAAUGACGUCAUCGAAAUAGUAGCCUUUCGUGAUGAGAGGAACAGAAUAAAGCCAGUUAAUUUUUGCCUUAAUGAUUAUUAUGGUCAUCGAAUUGAGAAGAACUUGACAGUAAGAGGGGUUCAAGGUAGGCCUGUUAUUGACUGCCACAAUAUAUUUAUGAGUAUGCUUUUCUACGUCGAGAGUAAAAACAAAUCACAUGUGCACUUCACAAUUGAAAACAUGGAAAUGCGAAAUUCUUCAUCUGGUUUGAUCAUCAUCAUAGGUGCAACUGUCAAAGCUACUGGCUGUAAAUUUACAGAAAUUGUUCCAUUUAGUACGUUUGAAAUAUCUGCUAGCAAAACGUCUAACAAGAUGUCCGCCCUUGAGAUCACAAACUGUACUUUUACUAACUGCGGGCAUGGAAUACUCGUAAGCAAAUAUUCAUAUCUUCGUAUUUCGAUUUCAAACACAAAAUUCUUAGGAAAUAAAAUAAACAGUCAAGGAGUUAAUAUAAAAGAGCCCGACUUUUUUUCUGAAUUGCCAUGGCCCGCAUAUUUAUCAAUAACGGUGAACGACUCGCUUUUCAAAUGGAACAUGUUCGGUUUAAUAAUACAGGAGCUCCCACACGAAUCCAACAUUCACAUUUCCAAUUCGACGUUUGAGAAAAAUCGUGCACGCGGUCUCCAUGGUGUGCUUGAUACUGGCUCAGGGGUGCGACUGACAAAGACUGAAGAUACUGACAAUUUCACCGCCAAAAUUACAUUGAGUAACUGCCGCUUCAUCGAGAACGAGGCUAAUGUUGGUGCCGGGAUUUCGUUGUGGUAUGAUAACAGCAAAGUGUCUAAUGCAACAUUUGAUGUUAAUCUCAAUAAAGUAUAUUUCAUAAAUAACAGAGCACAGCAAGUAAGUGGAGCGGUUCAUCUACAUGUGCGUGGCGAUAAAAAUCAGGUGACAUUCGAAUCCUGCCAGUUUGCAGGCAACCAAGUAUUGGCAAAUGAUAAAACUGGCCGACUUCCUGUUCUCUUUUUUCCAGCAUUGACAGGAGCUGGAGGGGCCAUAUACCAAGCCUUUGGGAAUGCUGUCUUUAAGAAUUGUGAAUUUAUCGAUAAUGUGGCCACGAUUAUUGGUGGCUCAAUAGCAUCAAGUUCAAAUAUUACAGUCAUAAGUAGCAGGUUCUUAAGUUCAGGAAAGACUGCCGAGCACAAAGAUGUAAUUGGCAAACUAUUGUACAUGCAAGGUAAUGCCAAGCUAGUUAAUACGUCAUUUCAUCCAAGCAAUUCAAGUGGAGCGCAGUCCUAUCUUUGGUUUAAGAGCAAUGCUUUCGACAAUGAGAUUGAGGCUACCAAUGUAACCUUCAUUUGUCCGUCUGGACAUAAGAUAAGGACUACAAGAGUGGCCAGCUACGCAACUAGCAACAGAUAUUACAUACUCGCAUACUAUUGUGAUCCGUGCCAAAUAGGCACCUAUUCUCUCGCUGAAGGUCGCGAAGCAGUCAACGGCGAGAUUUCAGUAGUAACUAACCCAAACUGUGAAAGGUGCCCGUUUGGUGCUACCUGUCAAACUACGGUCAGCAUUAACAAAGAUUUCUGGGGAUAUACUUACCUUGGAGAAAUUCGAACACUGCAGUGUCCAAGCGGAUAUUGUUGCAAUAAGAAACACUGUGAAAAGCUAAACACGUGUGCCUCGGUGCGAAUUGGAAAGCUCUGUGGCAGAUGUUCACAUGGGUAUUCAGAGAACCUCGUUGACAAUAAAUGUACCAAAAAUGAGCUAUGCAGUCAAUGGUGGGUUAUUUUUAUUAUUCUGAUAUUGGCUAUAGUGUAUUGUUGUUUUUUCUUGUUCAUGCCAGAGAUACUACGUUAUGUCCAGAAAUUUCUGUUUCCAUAUAAAACACAUGCAAGGAAACAUCAUGAUAAGGCUGUCAACAAGAUGGGCGUAGACAACGAUUCUUGCGUGCCCUCACUAUUCGGAGUGGUGCUUUACUUUUACCAGUUACAAUGGCUUGUUCAAAUCCAAGGAUUGAACGAAAUAGAUUAUGUUUCAGAAAGAAUCAGAAAUAUUAUAAUCGAUAUUUUGAGUUUGCAGCCAAGUCGUCAUCUCAGUUACGGGUGCCCGAUGAAGGGCCUAACCCCAGUCACAAAACAACUUUUCAAAACAUCUUUCAACAUUUUUGUGUUUGUGAUACUGCUGGUGAUUUACGCUUUCCAAAUGAUAAAAUUGAAGAUUCUAAACAAAAGCAAAGAUGAACGAUUCCUUGCAAGACUGUGUCGUGCAAGCAUUAUGCUUAUACUGCUCAACAUUGUAUCACUAGCAAAUAGCUCCUUGGCCGUGGUGCAUUGUAUUGAUUUGUCAAACAAGAAAGUUUUGUACAUCGAUGGCGAAGUUGACUGCUAUCAGAUAUGGCAGUAUAUAAUGAUGGCUUACUUCAUUUUUUGCGUUCUGCCAGUAAUUCUUGUCCUUUGUUUUGAAACAACGCGCGUGUUGAAGAAAACCAUCAGUAUAAGAGUCUUCAUGCUUAAUUUGAUUCUUCCUCCUUUGAUUCUGGUCAUUGUUUUUUGGAGAAAAUUAAGAGGUUUGGUCACCUGGAUGAGGAAUCGACUAGAAAUUGCUCGAAAUAGAAGCCCGUCCGAAGAAAGAUCUGGGUACGAGCCUGCUGGGACUUCUGAUGUGGAAGAUAGCAUUGUGGUCCAAGUCAACAAGGACCACAACAGUGAAGACGGCGUGGAGAUGGAUGAUUCCGAGUCAGGUAGAUCGGAUGAGGAUAAUCCAGUAAUAGCUGGCACCGAAAAGGAAAAUAUUAACAUAGAUGAGAUCAAGAGCCGUUUCGGAGAAAUUUGCGCAAUACGCAACGCAAUCAUUGAUGUAUUAGCCAAACCAUACCUACGAAAGGAUAAAUCAGGGCCAGUCUACUGGGAAGGAGUACUUCUCCUCCGCAGGCUAACCAUUGUUGUAUUCAAUGUUUUCAUACACAACGAACUUAUUCGACAGUAUGUCACAAUUCUGUUCUUUCUGGUGAAUUUGUUGAUUCACCAAGCGAUUGGGCCAUUUCGUCACCGCAUUGUCAAUCUUGCAGAGUCAGCCUCGCUUGCAUUACUGAUCUUUGUUAAUGCAAUAAAUAUAUUUUUCGCACACUAUCUCAUCGAGGUUGAACAACCAAGUAGGUAUGCAGAAUCGACUUCCAUCGCUCUUCGCUGGACUCUGUUCGCGAUUUCAGCUACUGUUCCAGCUACUCUCGCCUCGUCUCUCCUUGUUGCUUUGAUCACAAGAACAGGAUAUUCAUUUGCUUUGGUACUAAGGUACAUGAACAGGAGGUGCAGGGCAACUGAUUCAGGAUGAAAGGAGGUUGAUUCAAAAUGGGCGAAAAACGUUCAACAGUGUGUAUACACGAAAAGCCUUCCUUCUUUUUCAUUGUGACAAUUCAAAAUAUACUUAAAUAGUAUGCUUAGUCUUCCAACUCGUGUUUUUUUGGGAACGUAGAACUCGUGAUAAGAAUAACAUACGCCCUGUUACCUCAAGCCAUUAGACAUACUUGGCUACUAUGACGAUUUGCGCUUAGGGGGUCUGUAGUUUUCUAUGAAUCUUCCAAUUGCAGUUGAUUGGAUAGAUCGUAAUAUAAUAACCAUCUUAAUAUAGCAAUCUUUGCAUGCAUUAUUUAAAAGCAAAGAAAAAUGCAGAUGUUUUAAAAACAAGUUAUUUGGUAUCAAAUCAAUCCGGGAAUUGCAUAUUAUGUCCUGUUUUGAAAUGGUGAUUGAUUAAAAUCGAUCCAAGCUCGAUUCAAAACAAAAGAAAAAUGUAGAAAAAAGUAUUUUAAAUACAUUUUAUUUUGUAUUAAACCAGUCUCAGAAUUGUAGAGUAUUUCUUGGUUUGAAAUGGGUGAUAUACAAUUAGUUGGUUUCAUUUAUUG